UCCGGUUGGACGAACAGGAAGCAAGGAUAUGCUCAUGGCGCCCGACUAGAAUGGAGCAACAAUUAUCGCUUACAAAUCUCCGUUCUUCUUAGCGGGUCUACAGCGAGGGAUACGAGUCGACUCGCAAAUAUACGUUAUGGAUUCGGAGGAGAUUGAGGUGGAGAGCAGCAGUGAUGCGGGCCCCUCAGGGAUGGAGGAGCCCUCUGAAAGCGGCAUGGGUAUGGAGUCAUCUGAGGCCAUGUCUGCUGACAGCAGUGAUGCUGCUGCCUCACAUGCACAGGCCCCAGAGUCAGACUGCCAUGUGGGACAGAGCUCAGAGGGACUUGUGGUGUUCAUUCCGGAGACCAGCUCCAGCACGGACGUCAGAGUUUCGUCGGUACACCUUCCAGACUCCUCCUCGGUGGCACAGUCCACCAGUGUAUCCAGCGUCUCCACAGUGACUCAGUCAGUGCUGGUGUCUGAGUCAGCCCAGGUCCUGGUCCACUCCAGUGCCGUAUCCGAAGGAGCCAUGAUGGUGUCUGACUCAACUGCAUCUACCUCCUCGGACCUGGGCUCUGCCAUAGACAAGAUAAUAGAGUCCACCAUCGGCCCUGACAUCAUGAAUGGCUGCAUAGCUGUUACCAGUGCAGAAGAUGGGGGUGCAGAGACAACCCAGUAUCUUAUAUUGCAAGGACCAGAUGAUGGCGCUCCUAUGGUAGCCCAGAUGUCUUCUUCUGCCCUGUCCAGUCGUAUUGCCAUCGAAACUCUUGGAGAGGGCCCUACGUCCACCUGCCUGGACCAGGGGGACCUGCAAGGCAACCUUGACCCCGAUCAACCCGACGAUCAGCCAGGACAUUCGGGUUACCCAGAGGACAGCAGCAGUCACCCUGACCAGCCACAGCACUCCCACCCCUCUCAGUACAUGGACUGCAGUGCAGAUGGUCCAGACCAGACCGGAGAGUCUUCUUACGUGGAGUGUUCUGGAGAGGAGCCCGACCAGACGCGUUCCCAGUCCGGCUUCCCUGACUACAGUGGGGAUAACUGUGACCGGGACCUACCUGGAUAUGUGGAGUGUAGUGGGGCCGACUCAAACCCCACCAGCAGAGGUCACUAUGUGGUGGAGUGCAGUGCCGGAUACCUCGAGUGUGCAGUGGACGAUGGAGAGCAGCCACACCACUCACGCAGCUACAUUGACAGCAGCGCAGACCACCGCUCUCAGACGAGUCGACAGUACGAGGCUGAGUAUGGCGGGGAGUGUGUGGCGGCUGCAGACUCCGAGCAGCCGGGGUGUUCUCAGUAUCAGGCGCGGGAUGAUGAUGAAGAUGAUGAGCAGAACCAAGACCCAGACCAGCCGCAGCACUCCCAGCAGCAGCCACAGCACUCCUGCUACAUGGAAAACAGCAACGGCCCUGAGGCCUCUCUCUAUGCUGAUGAAAGCUCGUCAUCAGACCACCCAUUGGCAGACACUGCAGGCUCAGCUGGGCUUCCCGAGGCCUUAGGGUCCAGUGAGAGCCAAUCGGGGCCCUACAUCAGCAGCAGUGGGACCUACACCUCCAAUCCAGAGCCUGAGCUGGCCCCACAGUGCUCUCCCAGCCAAGAGGAGCCCCAGGGUUCCCAGGGGCCUCAGGAUGAGGCUGAGCUGGUGGGGGAGUCAGAGACGUCAAUGGUGGCAGAAGGCAGUGGAGGCCGACCUCCUAACUUAGCUGAAUUGGAGGAAAUGAUGGAAGUAGUGAUUGUACAACAGUUCAAGUGUAAGAUGUGUCCCUACAAGAGUGCUUCUAAAGACACCCUCAUCAACCACAUGAGGGAUAGGCACUUCAAACCUGCAGGGGACCCUGGAAAGAAGCGUGGACGAGGACGGCCCCCUAAAAGUGAGACUCUAGCCCGUCGACAGGCAGAGCUGAAGGCAGCAGAGGAGAGGAAGGCUGCACAGGUGAAGGUUGAAGAGUCCCAACAUGUAGAGGAAGAGGAGGAUGACAUUGUGGAUGCUGGGGCUAUUGAUGACCCAGAAGAGGACAGUGACUAUAACCCAGCAGAGCAGGAUUGCAGGGGAAGACCACCAGCCAUUCUGAGGAAGCCCACUCCACCCAUCUCCUCCUCCUCUCACGGCCGUCCUCGCCGCAAGGUUGGCCGCCCCAGGAAGUACAGCCUUGUGGAAGAAGGCUACAGCACCAAAGAAGCAGAGAGUACUGGUAAGAAGCCCAAGAUGAGUGCAGAUGCUGGUGCAGCUGAGGAGGCAAGCUCUUCUGGUUUAAGCAAUGGUCCUGCUUCCUUGCCCAGUGGAGAUAACACUGAGACAGCGAUAAGCCAGUCAGACUCCGAGAACAAAGACCCUUCAUCCAACACAGGGCCAGAGGAGCUCUUCCAGAGGAAACGAGGCCGGCCCUCUAAACGGUUCCUUCGCAAGAAGUAUAAGAAGUACAUAAAUCGCAAUCGAUACUAUAAAUCCCUCAAACCGCUUCAGAGGCCACAUAACUGCUGGAUCUGCGGUUCGCGUUUCCUCUCCCAAGAAGACUUGCGCUUCCAUGUGGACUCCCACGAGGGCAACGACCCAGAGCUUUUCAAGUGCCUCCAGUGCAAUUAUCGUUGCAAACGCUGGUCCUCACUCAAGGAGCACAUGUUCAAUCACGAAGGCACCAAGCCAUUCAAGUGUGAGGAGUGUGACUACAGCAGUGUGUACAGAAAAGAUGUCAUCCGCCACUCAGCAGUCCACAACAGAGAGAAGAAAAGAAAGACAGAGGUGGUACCCAAGAUCUCCCAGUUCCCUUGCCCUGUCUGCCACAGGGUUUACCCCAUGCAAAAGAGACUCACCCAACACAUGAAGACCCACAGUGCUGAGAAACCACACAUGUGUGAUAAGUGUGGAAAAUCCUUCAAGAAGCGCUACACCUUCAAAAUGCACCUACUGACCCACAUCCAAAGUCUCGGAGACAGCAAGUUCAAGUGUGAGUUCUGCGACUAUACCUGUGAUAACAAGAAGCUGCUGCUCAAUCAUCAGCUGUCCCACACCAACGACAGGCCAUUCAAGUGUGACUACUGUAAAUACUCCACUUCCAAGGAGGAGUUCCUGGUCUCUCAUUUGGCCAUCAAGCACACUGGAGAGAAACCCUUUUCCUGUGAUAUGUGCCACUUCAUGACCAAGCACAGGAAAAACCUCCGUCUCCAUGUGCAGUGUCGCCACCCAGAGGCCUUUGAGGACUGGUGCGUGGCCCACCCAGAGGAGCCAGUCAGGAAACGCCGUAGACCCUUCUUCACCCUGCAGCAGAUAGAGGAGCUCAAACAGCAGCAUGACGACACACAGGGGCUGCAGAACACAAUUGUUGCUGUGGAUCCUGUGACGCUACAAGCCAUGCAGGGUAUGGAGAAUGCCUCAGUCUCCCAGGAUGCACUAGGAAACACCACCAUCAUAUACGAACAAGCUGAAUCCACUGACCUGUCAGCCCAGAAUGCUCUUGACCUGCUGUUGAAUAUGAGCAACGCCCGGGAACUGGUUGGGAACUCUUUGCAGGUGGCGGUACUGAAGUCAGAGGGCAAGGCUUUGGAGGGGGGCACAUGGAGUGGGGUGACCUCGGCACCGGGCCAGUCCCAAAAGGUGGUGACCUUCCACGUGUCUGAGAACGGCGAGACAGUGGUCCAGGAGGCGUACGAGGCAGCCACUUCUGAAACAGGAGAGCUCACCCAGAUCGCUAUUGAGGCUUACGAAGGAGGAGGAGACUUCAGCGUGGUAGAGCACGUCGCAGAGGAGAUCCACAGUCCUAGCAAUAGUGAGAGCAAUCCCUCCCAGGCUGUUGAAGUCUCUGGUUCAGAGAGCCUGAAAAGUGACAAGUACUACCUGACCUCAGCACUGGCUGAUGGUGUUUUACAACAGGUGGAGCUGAGCAGUGAAGCUCCAGGCUCUCCGUCUGUAGUGAGCUCCCCCAGUCUCGGCACCAAGAGGUUCUCCUGUCGAAUCUGCAUGGAGUCUUUCCAUGGCCGCUCUGACAUGGAGAACCACAAGAGGGCACACGUGGACCCAAACACCUUCAAGUGUCCUGACUGUGACUUCACUGCUACCUCCUGGCCUGAGGUCAAGACCCACAUGGGGCUGCAUGCUUACUUACGCCCUCACAAGUGCCCCAACUGCAGCUUUGCCUCCAAGAACAAGAAAGACCUGCGUCGACAUAUGAUGACCCACACCAAUGAGAAACCUUUUUCCUGCAAACUGUGUGGACAAAGGUUUAAUCGUAAUGGCCAUCUGAAGUUCCACAUGGAGCGGCUGCACAAUCAGGAUCACCCGACCCGCAAGACCCGCGCCACCGCCUCCCAGCAGACCAUCAUAGUCAACAAUGACGAGGAAGCCUUGGCCACACUACAGUCUCUGCAAGCGCGGCAGGCAGUGAUCAGUCCAGAGCGGUUCCAGGCCCUCGGACAGGAGCACAUCAUUGUAGCCCAAGAACAGGCGCUAUCAGACCAGGAGGAGGGCCCAUACAUCCAGCAGAUAACCACCGUCGAUGGACAGACAGUCCAACACCUGAUGGCAGGGGACAACCAGGUGACAGAGGUCCAGUAUAUCAUCUCGCAGGACGGGGUACAGCACUUAAUCCCUCAGGAGUAUGUCGUGUUAGCAGAUGGUAACCACAUACAGAUGCAGGAUGGACACAUCAUCCAGUAUGAGCAUGACGGGACGUUUCUGCAGGAGCAGCAGAUUGCGGUGAGCCAUGACGGUCAGAUCCAGUAUUUACCCAUCAACUCAGAACAGCAGAUAGUGAACCCUGAAGAUCUGGAGGCAGCAGCCCACUCUGCUGUGACAGCUGUUGCAGAUGCAGCGAUGGUGCAGACCCAGGCGGUCUACACUGAGGCCACACCUGAACAGCUGGAGCAGCUGCAGCAGCAGGGCAUACACUAUGAUGUCAUUACCUUCACCGAUGAAUAGAUGGCUCAUUGAAACUGUUUACUUUGGGCCGCCGGAGUUCAGUCAGACCCUACAAGCCACUAUGAACAACCUCAACUUAUGCAUUCAGCUACCUGGGCUGUGAACUAGAGGAUCAUCUCCUGCACGGUUUCUUCUGUUCGGGGGUGGUUGCACUGUUUGAAGAGAUCAACAGCUUUUUGUAAAUUUAGAAUAUUGCACCCAUUGCUUCUAAUUUAAUCAUAGGGGCUGUGCAUUGAAGAAAUAAGUUAAACAUUGGUCAUUUCUGUAAUUAUUGAAAUUGAUUGAUCAUGUGCCUCAACUGCUUUGAUUUGCAAGACAAUGUUAUCAAACAAGAUGAAAUGGCUUAUAUCGUUUUAGAAAAUGUACCAAGCUUGGAUUUUUUGGGACUUUUAGUUGUUGGACUUUUAGUUUUCAAAUGGAGUGAAAUGUGAAGGGAGUGUUUAUUUUUGACCUGUAAAAAGAUAUGUUUAUUGUCAGAAUGCCACAAUAUUGUGUUUAACUGAAUAUAAAUUGAGUAAUUUGUACAUAACUUUUGCAGCUGUCUUCUGUUCCAUGAUGGAUAUUUGAUUUGGUGAAUGAGAAGUGUUUAAUAAGCUAAAAGCUGGCACCAAAUAAAUCGCUUACUUUGUCUA